AUGCAGGGCACCGCGACCGGCGGCGCAACGAGCCGAUGGAGGAAGGAGCAAGAGCUCUUGCAGAUCUUAUCUGGGAUCGCGGGAGACGAAGAACUGCGGAAGAUGUUCACCGGGCUAGGCCUAGCAGCGCCACCGUUGACACCCAGCCCGGGGGUGCUCAGUACCCCGGCGAUCUUACCCGUCGAACCGAGGCCGGAAGCAGCCCAGGAAAUGGACCGUGGCAAGAAGCGCAAGCCGAUGACUUGGCCGAAGUGGAACGGUCAACCCGAGUCCUUCCACUUCUACCUCGACCGUCUGGUAUUUAAGUACAAUACCGACGAAGAGGAGGGCCUAAACGGCAAUAACAACGUCGUGUGGUACGAGAUCCUGCAGACCUUGCCGGAUCAGAUGAUGAGGAGAGUCGAGGGUUUUGGGCAAGAGAGCGCGAAGGGCAACCCAGACCCCGGAAAUUCUUCUCGCACCUAG